AGUAGGUUUCAGGGUUCAUUCUGUUUCUACGCUUUUCUAGUUAAGAAGUUCGAUUAGUCAGGUCUGACCAGGUGUUUCCCAGCUCUACAGUUUGUGUUGUGAACAGACGUUUCAUUUCCUGGAACACAACAAAUGGCGUUUUGUCAAAACCAUGAAUGUCUUCAGGUGCCGUCUGGAAAUUAAUAAAAGUUUAUAAACUCUGGAGAUAUAAAUUACUAGUGAAAGUUGACUAGAAAUGCUUAUAUUUAUACUGCUGCUGCUGUGUCAUUUCACGUUAUGUGGACACUGUGCGUGUACGAGGAAAACCCUUCAGACAGGAGCAGAACAAGAGAGUAAAGUGUUUGUUGUGGACCAGGAGGCCAACACGUUUUUAGGACGUCACCUGUUGUUCAACCGCUUCGACUUUGAGAUCUUUACCCCGGGUAAUCUCGAACGGGAGUGUUUCGAGGAGGUAUGCAAUUACGAGGAGGCUCGGGAAGUCUUUGAGAAUAUCCCUGAUACAAAUCACUUUUGGAAGACUUAUACAGAGGGAAAGGGUGAUUCCCAGUCAAAAGUUGAUGUAAUAGUUUUGCUGGUGGGCAUCAUCUCCGCUGGAGUCUUUAUCAUUAUUAUCGGCCUCCUCAUCUGGUAUUUCUGCCAGGGCAGGAAUAAAAAUGAUGGUAUCCGGGGCUCCUUCAGACGUCGGUCCACCCGAAGCAAUGCCUCUGUGAUCAUCCGCAGAUUGGAAGAGGUUUCUCUGCAUCCUAUUCCUCCCGCAGAGGCCAGUGCAGGUUUACCAUCAUAUGAACAGGCCAUCGCCAUCACUGGACCACAUGAUGCUCCGCCACCACCAUAUCCUGGUUCCAGGCCAGGAAGUAUCAGACGAUAACCGAUCACCGCACUGAAUCAGGAUGGACUAAAACGGCUAUUUUCUUGAUUAUGAACUGAACGAUUUUCAACCAAAGGCUUUCGGGUUUAAUUCCCUAGAAUAAGCUACUAAUGAACAUAUUGUCUUUCAGAGCUACACUGCAGCAUUUAACUUAACAUGAAUUAAAAAGCAUUGGAAAUGAAAUCACCGGAUGGUUCUGAAGAGUAUAGAUCAUAAGUCUCAAACUCAAUUCCUGGAGGGCCGCAGCUCUGCAGAGUUUUGCUCCAACCCUACUCAAAACACAGCUGAUCCAACCAAUCAAGGUGUUCAAGACUACUGGAGACUAUUAAGUAGGCGUGAGUUUGAGGUGGUUGGAGCUAAACUAUACAGAGCUGAGGCCCUCCAGGAAUUGAGUUUGAGACCAUUGGUAUAUAUAUAUAUAUAUAUAUAUAUAUAUAUAGUCAUCACUUUUAAAUAUAAUUAGUAUUUUUAAUUGUGUUUAUUUUAAAAACAUAAUUAAUAACAGUUUUGAUAUUAUUGUAUCGAUAUAUAAAAAAGCCAGAUCGUAUAGUUUAAUUUAUUUUACUUCCAGGGCUUUAAUGAAGGACACAGCAUAGUUUUAUCUUUUUUAAUCCUCUGUUACAGAGAUCUAGUAAAAUGUGACUUACUACUUAGUGUUUACUGGAUCAAUAUUUGUAAUAAUUCAAUGAUCAGAGCAUGAUUACCUCCUCUAAUCUCAUGACACUACUCAGGCUGUGUUUUUGGUGCAAAACCGUGUACAUAUAGCUAAAUGAAUUCUGCUGCUUUCGUCUUAUUUUGAUUUAAUUUAAUUCUACUGGCAGAUGAAACCGUUUUGCAAAGCUGUUAAAUUGCACAGGUUUCUGGAGGCUGAAGUGUGUCUUUUGCUUGACAGCAGGCCAGCUCUGAUGUUAUCGUCAUAGGGAAAUUACUAUACUUCAUAAUAAACUUCUUCCUUUGACUA